AUGCGUUUCCACACUCUUCCCCUCAUGGCGUUCUGCGCCACUUUCGCUUGGGCUGCACCCACGCCAAAAAACUCCGGUCAUGUCCUCCACGAGAAGCGUACACCAGGCUCAUUGUGGGUCAAGCGCGAGAGAUUGUAUGAGGACGUCAAGCUUCCCAUGCGGAUAGGCCUCACUCAGAGCAACCUCGACAAGGGACACAGCAUGCUUAUGUCUGUGUCUCAUCCCGAAUCUCCGAACUAUGGCAAGCAUUUCUCGGCUGAAGAGGUGAUUGACAUCUUCGCGCCGGCAAAUGAUGCUGUUGAAGCCGUCAAAGCAUGGCUCGAGUCUGCAGGCAUCCAUGCGAGUCGUGUUUCGCAAUCGGCGAACAAGCAGUGGCUGCAAUUUGAUGCAAAGACCUCCGAGGCUGAGGAGCUAUUUCAGACCAACUACCACUUCUAUGAGCACGCCGGCUUAGGUGCAACCAGCAUCGCUUGCGACGAGUACCAUGUCCCGGCGCAUAUCAAGCAGCACAUCGACUAUGUCACGCCCGGAAUCAAGCUCUAUGCAAAUCGCGCACCAAAGGCUGCAGAGUCGGACAUCGCAAAGCGCACUGCGAUCGCUCCCAAUCGCAAGCCCAAGCCACCGCCAACGAAGCCCAUGCCUCCGGGCCUGCCAGCACUGGGAAGCCUUGGUCUUGCUCUCUGCGACGUAGUGAUAACACCAAAUUGCAUCAUGGCCAUGUACAACAUCACGAACAGCACGACGGCGCAGCCAGGAAACGAACUUGGCAUAUUCGAAGACCUCGGUGACUAUUACUCCCAGACGGACCUCAACCUCUUCUUCGCAACACUGGCACCUUACAUACCGCAAGGGACCCACCCGAAGCUGGACGGUAUUGACGGUGCCGUGGCACCGACUACAAACCUACUCAAUGCUGGUCCAGAGUCAGACCUUGACUUUCAGAUCUCAUAUCCUAUCAUCUGGCCGCAAAACUCGAUCCUUUUCCAGACUGACGACCCGGUAUAUGAGUCCAACUAUACCUACGAAGGCUUCCUGAACAACUUCCUUGACGCCAUUGAUGGCUCUUACUGCACCUACUCGGCAUUUAACGAGACUGGCAAUAGCCCGCUAGACCCGCCUUAUCCGGAUCCUGCAGCCGGCGGCUAUAAAGGGUCUCUGCAGUGUGGUGUCUACAAGCCUACCAAUGUAAUAUCAAUCAGCUACGGAGGCCAAGAAGCUGACCUGCCAGCGAGCUACCAGCAACGUCAGUGCAAUGAGUUCAUGAAAUUGGGAAUGCAAGGUGUCUCAGUCUUCGUAUCUUCUGGCGACUCUGGUGUUUCCGGUCCGGCUGGUGACGACAACCCAGAUGGCUGCUUAGGCCCUGGCGGAACGAUCUUUAGCCCCGACUUCCCAGCGACCUGCCCAUACCUCACCACUGUCGGAGCGACCUAUCUUCCUCCUGGAGCCAGUGCACAGAAGGACCAGGAAGUAGCUGUCACGCGCUUCCCAUCCGGUGGAGGUUUUAGCAACAUCUACCCCAUCCCCGACUACCAAUCUUCCGCGGUAGCGAACUACUUCGCAACGUCCAAUCCACCAUACCCUUACUACAGCUGCACGUACAACUCAUCCUCGAUAUACAACCGGGCUGGCAGAGGGUACCCAGACGUCAGCGCAAUCGGCGACAAUGUUCUUAUUUUUAAUGCCGGCGCUCCGACACUGAUUGGAGGCACAUCUGCCUCGUCGCCGGCCUGGGGAGCCAUCAUGACGCGCGUCAACGCUCAACGGCUGGCAGCCGGCAAGUCGACCGUCGGAUUCAUCAACCCAACGCUCUAUUCCAAUCCCCAAGUCUUGCAUGAUAUCACUGUCGGCAACAACAGCGGGUGCGGGACUUCAGGGUUCUUCGCGGCUAAGGGCUGGGACCCAGUAACAGGACUGGGGACGCCGAACUACCCUGCGCUGCUCUCACUGUUCAUGGGCAUGCCAUGAGAGGAUGGAACGAUUGUGGACGAUCUGGAUGGCCCAUAAUGUGCAGUGCUAUCAAUUAAUGCAUCUCGACGAGCUUCACGAUUGGAUUUAGAUUCCCGUAACAUAGCUUAUAAUGCAGGUUUAAGACGCG